CUCCGCGGUCCCGGGCGAGGGCGGGGCGCGCGCCGCGACGGAGUGCGCAGGCGCCGGAGCCGGGCAGGCUGUGUCCCGCGCUCUCCGGGAGCGUCCCCUGCGGUGGCCCCUCAGGUAAUUGUUAAUUUAUAGCCUAUGCUGUGAGGUGAUGAGGAGGUUUUUGUUACUCUAUGCUACACAGAAAGGACAGGCAAAGGCCAUAGCAGAAGAAAUAUGUGAAAAAGCAUUUGCACAUGGAUUUUCUGCAGAUCUUCACUGUAUUAGCGAGUCGGAUAAGUAUGAUCUGAAAACCGAAACAGCACCUCUUGUAGUGGUGGUUUCCACCACGGGUACCGGAGACCCACCCGACACUGCACGCAAGUUCGUGAAAGAAAUACAGGACAAGGCUCUGCCCAUAGAUUUCUUUGCUCACCUGCGGUAUGGAUUACUGGGGCUGGGUGAUUCAGAAUAUACAUACUUCUGUAACGGUGGGAAGAUCAUUGAUAAGCGACUUCAGGAGCUUGGUGCCCAGCAUUUCUAUGACACCGGACACGCAGAUGACUGUGUAGGUUUAGAACUUGUGGUUGAGCCAUGGAUUAACGGACUUUGGGCUGCUCUCACGAAGCACUUUAUGUCCAGUAGAGAAAAAGAGAGGAAUGAAGCUCUCAAGAUGGCAUCUAAUGCCUCCCAAAGGAUGGAACCUGUGAAACCAGAAUUAUUAUAUAUUGAAUCACAAGUUGAACUUCUGAGAUUAGAUGAUCCGGGGAGAAAGGAUUCUGAGGUUCAGGAACAGAAUGCAGUGAAUAGAGAUCAGUCGAGUGCUCCGACAGCGGAAUCUCAGUCCUCACUUACCCACUCGAUACCCCCACUCUCACAAGCCUCUCUGAGUAUUCCCGCCUUACCACCAGAAUAUUUGCAGGUGCAUCUGCAGGAGUCUGUCGGCCAGGAGGAAAGCCAAGCAUCUGUGACUUCAGUGGAUCCAAUUUUUCAAGUUCCAAUUUCAAAAGCAGUUCAACUGACUACAAAUGAUGCCAUAAAAACCACUCUUCUGGUGGAAUUGGACAUUUCAAAAACAGAUUUUUCCUAUCAACCUGGAGAUGCCUUCAACGUGAUCUGUCCCAACAGUGAUUCUGAGGUACAAAACCUACUGGAAAGACUGCAGCUCACAGACAGAAGAGAGUACUGUGUCCUCUUGAAAAUUAAGGCAGACACAAAAAAGAAAGGAGCGGCCUUACCCCAGCACAUACCUGAGGGACGUUCUCUCCAGUUCAUUCUGACCUGGUGCCUUGAAAUACGAGCAGUUCCUAAAAAGGCAUUGUUGAGAGCCCUCGUGGACUACACCAGCGACGGGAUAGAGAAGCGAAGGCUGCAGGAGCUGUGCAGUCGGCAGGGUGCAGCCGAUUAUAGCCGUUUUGUGCGAGAUGCCCAUGCCAGUGUGUUAGACCUCCUCCUCGCUUUCCCGUCCUGCCAGCCGCCGCUCAGUCUCCUGCUUGAACAUCUUCCUAAGCUUCAGCCCAGACCAUAUUCAUGCGCAAGCUCAAACCUGUCUCACCCAGGGAAGCUUCAUUUCAUUUUUAACAUUGUGGAGUUUCUGUCUAACACCACCGUGGAGGUUCUGCGGAAGGGCGUGUGCACAGGCUGGCUGGCCAUGGUGGUUGCGCCAAUUCUUCAUCCAAACACACGAGUGUCCCCUGCAGAAGACGGGAAAGCCCCGGCUCCUGAGAUAUCCAUCUGUCCUCGAACAACCAAUUUCUUCCAUUUACCAAGUGACCCCUCAGCCCCCAUCAUAAUGGUGGGUCCGGGAACUGGCAUAGCGCCCUUCAUUGGUUUUCUGCAACACAGAGAGAAACUCCAAGAACAGCAUCCAGAGGGACACUUUGGAGCAACGUGGUUGUUUUUUGGCUGUCGACAUAAAGAUAGGGAUUAUUUAUUCAGAGAAGAACUCAGACAUUUCCACAAGCGUGGAAUCCUAACUCACUUGAAGGUUUCCUUCUCAAGAGAUGCUCCUGUUGGGGAAGAAGCAGCCCCAGUGAAGUAUGUGCAAGAUAACAUCCAGCUUCACAGUGAACAGGUGGCAAGGGUCCUUCUUAAUGAAAGCGGCUAUAUUUACGUGUGUGGAGAUGCUAAGAAUAUGGCCAAAGAUGUCAAUGAUACCCUUGUGGAAAUAAUAAGCAAACAGGCUGGAGUUGAAAAACUAGAAGCAAUGAAAAGAUUGGCUACUUUAAAAGAGGAAAAACGAUACCUUCAGGAUAUUUGGUCAUAAAAUCAGAAAAUGAAGGAAGAGAAUGAUGCUUUUUUGGCUUAAAGUACUAAAAGACAGUUUUACUGAAAUGGAGACUUUUAAUUUUUAAAAUUAAAAACAAUUUAACUUUGGAAGAAGUACAGUGGGAGUGGACCACUUACCAUUAUAGCAGACUUCCCAUGGGUUUUCCAUCAGUGCCUCUGUGCUCUCCACACUGAGGGGCAGCCCUUCUGCACCAGCACCCCCAUCCCCACCCACCAUGGCCACUGCAUCCUGGAGAAUCACAGGAAGUACGUCUGCAUGUCUGUGAUGAGGCUUCCCAGCACAGACAUGGACAUUAGCCAACCACGCAGAUGGUUAAAGCUUCUGAACUUACUGUUGCCAGUUUUUAAAAAUAAGGUAAAAAUAAUUUAUUCUGACAUGAACUCUACUGUAAAGAUUAUUCCUAUUGUAUUAAAAUUAACUAUGCAAAGUGUAUCUGAUACCUUGUUUAUACAGGCAGUCCCUGACUUAGGAUUUACGCUGAAUGUGUAUGAAAGCCAAACACAUUCAGUAAGAACUGUAGUUCAGAUUUUGAGUGUUUUCCCAGGCUUGUGGCAGAUGAUAACAUACUCUGUCCUGGUGCUGGGCAAGGGCAGGGUCCCAGUGUCAACAACCUUCUGUACCCACACAACCGUCUUGUCACUUUCGGUGUGGUAUUGAGUAAAUUACAUGAGAUACUAUUAUGUGACUGUCCACUCAUAUAACUGCUCUGAGCACGUUUGAGGCCAAGCUGUGAAGUCCGGGGUAUUAAAUGCUUUUUGACCUGUUUUCAACUUACAAUGGAUUUAUCCAUUAUUUCACUAUAAGUUCAGGAAGAUCUGUAUAACUUCAUCAAAUGUUUAUUUAUUACCGAAACUAUAUUUCUGAUAAAAAAAAUCAAAGUAAUACUUAGAUAUUUUUAAAAUGAUUUUAGAGAUGUGUAUUAUAUUUUAAAAUUCUAUUAUAUAGGACUUUUAUCACGAUUACUUCUUAAUAUAACAGUUCUAGAAUUUAGGGAAAUCUGCAUUCAGUUUAUAGGUGCGAGCAAGUACAUAGUUUAGUAAAACACCCCUCCUCUUCCUUGUGCUCCUUUUAGCAUAUUUUUAGUUUUUCUACAUUGUCUUAACCCCAUGAUAUCAUUCAAAUCGUAUCCUAGGCUUAAAAUGCCUGCUUAAAUUAACAUUCUUGUAUUUUUAAAAUUCCUACUGCAUUCUGAAUAUUUAUGUCUCUCCAAACUUAUGUGUUCCAAUGCUGACCUCCGUUAUGAUAACAGUAAGAGGGGGGGCCUCGGGAGGUGCUUAGGUCAGGAGGGUGGAGCCCUUGGGAAUGGGGUCAGUGCCCUGAAGAGAGGCCCCACCGGAGCUCCCUGGCUCCUUCUGCCUGGUGAAGACACAGCAUUUGCAGGCUGCAGCCACAAGAGGGCUCUCGCCAGAACCUGACCACCUCUGAACCCUGUGCUUGGACUUCCAGCAUCCUGAACUGAGACAGAUAAAUCCUUGUUCAUGAGCCGCCCAAAUGGAUGACGACAAUUCCCGGUGACAAAUCCUCUGAAAAUUUGUCAGAACAGAACAAUGAUUAAUUUUUCUAGGCUCUGGUGUAUAUUGGUUUUUUAUUCAAGAGAUUGGCAUUUGAAAAACAUCUUCCUGUCCAAGGUUUCUGGUCAUCUUGAAAAAUAAACCAUGUUAAGACUUGAUAAAGCUUUAUGGCUGUUUAA